AUGAGCUCUCGUGGCUUAGCUCUGGCACCUCCAGCCAAGAAUGUGGUGGUGUAUCGCAACGGGGACCCCUUCUUCCCCGGGAGGAGGUUUGUCGUGAGCCACCGGAGGUUCCUGACCUUUGAGGCGUUUCUGAACGAGGUGACCAAGAGCAUUCACGCGCCCUUGGCUGUGAGGAACCUCUACACGCCCAGGCACGGGCACCGUGUCGCUGAGCUGGCGGACCUGCGGGAUGGGUGCCAGUACGUGGCUGCGGGCUUCGAGAAGUUCAAAAGGCUCGACUAUUUAAGUGGCGGAAGGAAGGAGCUCUGUGGGACAAGGAACAGCGAGGGUCUGCAGUUCCGCACUGCAGCUCCCUGGAAGUCGAACGCCUUGGCACGACGGCAGAAGCACGCCCACCUGCCCUGCACCAUACAUGUUUUCCGGAAUGGGGAUUUGCUGAGCCCUCCUUUCCCACUGCCACUCUCCAAGAGCACCCCGCUGCAGUGGGACGCGCUCCUGGCCACGCUGACAGAGAAAGCCGACCUGCGCAGCGGAGCGGUUAACAAGCUCUGCAGGCUGGAUGGAACCCAGGUCUCUGGCGGGGAGGAGCUGGUGAAUGGCGAUUACUAUGUGGCAGUGGGAAACGAGGAGUACAAAAAACUGCCUUACUUGGAGCUGCUGGUGCCCUGGGAUUCUGCGUGCAGGAUGCAGUGGAACCACCCAAAUAGCAGGCGCAAAAAAUCCCGGAGAAGGCUGGACGGUCGCAGCGUGCAGAUUCCAGGACCCGCACAGAAAGACAAGAUCCCAGCUGCUCUUCCACAACUGCAAAGGCAAGCCAGGAAAUCUCACCUCAAAGAGGAAGAGUCCAUUUUCCAUGCUAAACCUGUCCGCGCAGGACAAAACAGGAGGAGCAACAGGAAUGCGCGGCACUGGCCUGAUCAAGAAGAAAAUGUCUGUAAAACCAAAGAUCCUAGGAAGGAGAUGCGAGGUGCCCAGGACGUAAAAGAGGACAAGCAGGUGAGGGUGGACAUAGCCAUUGAUCAGGUCUGA